AACUUCAAACUUUUUUGAAGUCUCAAUUCAUCUAGGCGCAACGCGGACAGCACCAGCUUCUCGACGCGUUUCCACCGAUUCUCAGUGAUCCCCAGACACCCACCUACACCUCCACUCUCUUCUGCACCUAGCUCUAAGAACAACGCAAGUAUGGCCGACGAUCUACUUCAAAUGUUUCAGAGCAUCACCACCAGCGACCACGACGAGCUGGUGGACCAAUUCGCGCAUUUACUGCAGCUGGACAUCCACACGGCCACUUUCUUCCUCGAGUCGUGCAAUUGGAACGUGGAGACAGCGGCGAAUAACUAUUUGGCCACAAUGGAGGCCUCAGGCGGCCCCAGGAUUAACCCCAUGGAAGGAAUGGACAUAGCCGAUGACCUCGACAUGGAGGACGAUGCAGACACAGCCAAUAGACAGCAGCACCAGCAGCCCAACUCUGCCUCGUACCAAGCGCAGUUCAUCAGCGACCUGUCGGCCUCACAAGCCACGCUUUUUGCCCCCGAUACCCCUGUGCACAUGCAAUGGAGUUUUGUGAACACUGGUAGUGAACCGUGGCCAGAGGAUACACGUCUGUUAUUUGCGCAAGGCGAUAGCUUCAAAGGGCCAGAGCAGAUUCCAGUGGCAGCGCCAGCAGGUCAGCGGAUAGACAUACACGCACCGCUGUGCAUGCCGUCGGAGCCUGGUUCGUAUGCAGGAAGCUGGAGACUGCACUGCUCUAGUGGAUUUUUUGGCGACCCGGUGUGGGUAGUGGUCAAUGUAGGCACUCACGAAGCUGCAACGGCCUUUGCAUUGCAGCAACAGCAACAGGCUGCUGCAGCUGCAGGCGCUGACCCGCCCAAGCUCCAAUUUGCAGAAGGUGAUCGACAGCCAUCACCUUCGUCGGCUGUAGUGGAGGAUAUGGAUCUAUAGUGACAGCAUUUCGAUUCCUUGAAGAGCUAGGACCGAGAGUACGAAGCGAAAGCGAGAAGAAAAGGCCACGCUAGCUCAUUUUGAAUGGGUCUACAGUGGAAAGAGUGAAAAUAUAUGGAUUUUUCAUAAGAGAUAAAAAAGAAUG